CACAAAUACAAACCUCCACAACUUCUCUUCUGUUUUCCUUCUACAAACCAUCGCGAAGCGCGCCAGGCUACACAAGGCGCAAGCAAGUCACCUGAGGAUCCCAAGGCUCCGCUAUACAAAGCCACAUCCUCAGCCGUAAAGGUCAGUAAAGUCCCCCAAGCUACCUAAUCCCUCAAAGCUUGGGCUCAACUCCACGAUGGCUUCGGUCAGCGGCAGCAGUGACGGCACAGGCUCCGACACCACCGUCACCAUGGCCACGUCCGCACCCUCCACCACCGGCUCAGUCGCCAGCGACACCACCGUCACCGGCGCUGAAGCCGCCACUACCACCCCAGGCAACGCCAACAUCUCCGUGCGCUCCUACUUCUACAUCCUGCCGUAUCCGCUGCCCGCCGGGACGCCAGUGCCCUACACGCCCGGCCUGCCCAACGUCAAUCCGCUGAACUACCCACCGCACGCGUUCGAGCCGACCAGCACGCUCGUCCUGACCAGCACGUCCAAGGUAUUCAUCGACAUCCGCAUCUUCAAGCGGAUCCAGCCGAGCGACCCGGAGCUGCCGAACGACGGCGGCCACCGCGAGCGACUCGAGUGGGCGUUCGCGGGAAAGUCGACGAGCUACGCUAUCCCAGAUCCGCACGCCACUCCCCAGCACGCAGGUGGAGGCCAAGGCCAAGAGCAGGGACGGCAGUGGGUCGGCCCCGUGCAGCACGCCAUCUGGAGCCACUGGGUGGACUCGCGCUACCCCGUCGGCGCGAUCGCCCCAAAGGACGAAGGAACUAUGUACCCCGUCAGCGCGACGCAGACGCUCGAGCACGGCAGCAGCAUCAACCCGUACACGGGCGCCAUGAUGUCUUACGAGGAGAUGUGGCUUGAUGUCCCGGUCCAGACGUGUUUCCCUUCGACCAGCAAGUUCAGCAUCGUGCUUGUUCUCGACGCGCCAGAGGCCAAAGUGCGCGGCGUCGUUAUCCGUCUGGGUCAGUACUGCCAGGGCAUCAUCGUGAGGGAUGCGGUUUCGACGAUUGAGCGAUGGGGGUUUGAGGAGAAGAAGGGGAAGAACGGCAAAGUUGUGGGAGGGGACUGGAAGCGGGUGGCUAGGAUUGGCGAUGACUUCUUGCCGUGCGCGACGACGUUCCAGCCGGAGAUUCUGACUGUGGGCGGGAGGGUUAGGUACGGAAAUCAUGAGUGGUUCGUCGACGAAAAGGUCGAGUGGCAGGAUGUGAUGGGUCAGUGAAGCUGGCAUCCGAGCUUGGAUACGAAGAUUCGGUUCUUCGAUGAAAGAUUUGGAUAAGCCUAGUGGAUCGAUCAGAGAUUUUCAGGAAAAUAUGGUGGUAUUGCUGCAAGGAAUUGGUUCUGCAAACAAGAUGAG